AUGUCAAUAAGAAGCAAGAUACUGCUCCUAGGAGACAUUUGCCAUGCACAAAGCCAUUGGGAAGCUCUCAGUGAUCUGGGAGAGGUGGUCCGACCAAGAGCAACAAACAGAGCCGAUUUUAUAACAGAAUGUAAAGAAGGGGGGCUUGACGGAGUGGUUGCUGCCUACCGGACAGCUGAGUCCAUCGAGAUCACGGGACGCUUCGACGAAGAACUCAUAACCAUUUUACCCAAGAGCUGGAUCUUUCUUGCGAACUGUGGGGCUGGCUACGAUGCCAUUGAUGUGAAGGAUUGCUCUCAAAGACAGCCACCGCUAUGCGUCUCGAACGUGCCGACAGCUGUUGAUGACUCCACGGCUGAUACUGCUAUUUUUUUGAUGCUUGGAGCACUCAGAAAUUUCAACGCCUCCAUUCACACCUUGCGCCAAGGAGACUGGAGAGGCAAGCAGCCGGUCGAACUCGGACACGAUCCGCAAGGAAAAGUCCUUGGGAUCCUCGGCAUGGGUGGCAUAGGCAAGAACAUGAGCGUGAAGGCCGCCACGUUUGGAAUGUCGACGAUCUAUCAUAACCGCCGAAAGAUCAAAGGGGAGACUAUCGAGUACGUCUCAUUCGAAGAUCUACUGAAGAGGAGUGAUGUACUCAGUUUAAACCUACCCCUUAACUCCAAGACUCGACAUAUCAUCUCCACGGCUCAGCUAAGAAUGAUGAAGCCAACCUCGAUCAUCAUCAAUACGGCUAGGGGUGCGGUGCUGGACGAAGGAGCCCUCGUCGAGGCUCUUGAAAAUGGCACCAUUGCCGGUGCAGGCUUGGAUGUGUUCGAGGAGGAACCCAGCAUCCACCCAGGCUUGAUCCAAAAUACGAAUGUGAUCCUCUUACCACACAUGGGGACACACACGAUGGAGACAAAACGAAAAAUGGAAGAAAAGACAAUCGAAAACAUACGGGAAGCUCUUGAGACGGGCCAGCUGAUAGAUCCAAUCCCUGAGCAACGGGGACUGUGA